AUGGCCCCUAAACGCAAGCCACCUACUUCAUCUGGUGCACAACCGAAGAAACAGCGAUGUGUUCCAACGCUGGAGGAAAAACUGGCUGUGUUGGACUUAUUGAGAAAUGGUAUGUCCAUCGCCAACGUGGCGCGUAAACACGGCCGCAACGAAUCUAGCAUCCGUGCCAUCAAGAUUCGAGAGAGAGAAAUUCGUCAAGCCGUGGCAUCCAGAAACGUGCAGACUACUGGUGAAGCUGCAUCUGCCAAUGAGGAGGCAGCAAAAGCCUACCCCGAACAAUUAAAGAAAAUCAUAGAGGAAAUGGGCUAUCUUCCAGAACAAGUUUUUAAUGCUGACGAGACUGGGCUCUUCUGGAAAAAAAUGCCCACCCGCACUUACAUUUCGAAAUCAGAAAGACAAGCCCCUUGCUUCAAAGCAGCUAAAGACCAUGUGACUGUGUUGCUUUGUGGCAAUGUGGCUGGGCAUUUAAUAAAGCCGGGCUUGCUCUACAGGGCUGCAAAUCCCCGUGCCCUAAAAGGCAAGAACAAAAAUCUCCUGCCUGUGUUUUGGCAAUCAAAUAAAAAGACUUGGGUGACGGCAGCAUUAUUUCUGGAUUGGUUCCACAAGUGUUUCAUUCUGGAGGUCAAGCAGUACCUUGAAGAGAAAGGACUUGACUUUAAAGUGUUGCUGAUUGUAGACAAUGCUCCUGGCCACCCUGCGGCACUCCGGUUUGCGCAUAACGAUGUUGAAGUCGUCUUUCUCCCCCCCAAUGCCACCUCCAUCCUCCAACCUCUCGACCAAGGCGUCAUUAGCUGUUUCAAGGCCACGUACACGAGGCUUACGUUCUCAUGGAUCCUUACCGCUAUGGAUGCUGAUCCCAAUGUUAAUGUGAUGGAGUGUUGGAAGUCCUUCAACAUUGCAGAUUGCAUCACUUAUCUUAAACAGGCAAUGGAUGCAAUCAAGCCUGAAACAGUCAAUGCAUCGAAACACUUGAAUGAUUUAAUGUCUGAAUAUGCUCCUUUUAUGGAACGAAGCCUUAAAAUCACACGUAGUAUUACGGAUGAUUUGAGACCGUACCAAGAAAUGUUUGAGGAGCUCAAGAGACAACAGCGACAGUUGCCAGUCACCAUGUUUUUAAAGAAAAAACAGCCAGCAGCAGCAGAGCCUACACAAUCAACUUCUCGAGCUGAACCAGAGCCAACCAUUUCGCCUACGACUCGCUCUCCGUCACCCAAGCCUGGCCCAUCGUCUCCUGGAUCGACAUCAAGCCCUGACGACUCAAUGAUAGUGUUGUCAGGGGAAGAGGAAGACUUCAUAAUUGUUGGAGUGUGUACAGUACAAGACUAG